AUGCCCUUGACAGCUCACUGGCAGCAGCAAUUGAUGCGGGCUGAGACAUCGCGCGUCGCGUCUUCACCCCACCACCGCGCGCGCUCGGCGGCCAUGGCCUCGCGCAUGACCCACAAGCCCGCGGCGGUCGCCAUCCUCAACCCAAAUGACAACAACAGACCCGCGUCUGCGCAAGGGGGUGGCUCGCCAGCUCCAGGCACACCCAAUGGGCACAGAAAGAAUGUUCUCUCUGUCACAUCCAACGCGCCAUCCGCGGCGCCCUCGCCGCCCGUCAAUGGCGGCGGCAAGGACUCGGAGACAACGGCCGACCCAAUGAACCCCGCGCAGCCCCCCGCGCCCGCGUCUAAACCAGACGACGCGCCGUAUGAGCCGUGGACAGGCUUGGACCUCGGCGGCAUCCACCUCAAGACGCUGUCGCCUUCCUUGUUCACGUUCACCCACAUCACAUCGCUGUACAUCAACCACAACAACCUCAAAGUGCUCCCUCCCGUCAUCUCCAACCUCCGCCAGUUGACAUUGCUCGACGCAACCAGCAACGAACUAGUGGCGCUCCCUCCCGAGAUUGGCAUGCUGUCCAAGCUCAAGGAGCUGCUGCUCUUCGACAACCAGCUCACGUCGUUGCCAUCCGAGAUCGGCGGCCUCUAUCAGCUCGAGGUCCUCGGCAUCGAGGGCAACCCGAUGGACGACUUUGUGCGCAAAAUGUUGGCCGAGAACGGCGCGCCAGCGUUGAUCGCGCACUUCCGUGACAUGCACCAGAGCGACCCUCCCCCCGAGCGCGCCUGGAUCGAGGUCGACCCCGAUCUCGAGGUGGACACUGGCGACACCGAGUCGUUUACGACGCUGUCGUACAACAUUUUGUGUCCGUCGUUCGCACCGAGCUCGUCAUACGGGUACACGCCAGCAUGGGCGCUCGAGUGGACGUACCGCCGGGAAACGCUUCUCGAGGAGCUCAUCAACGCGUCGGCCGACGUCGUCUGCUUGCAAGAGAUCGACUCUGAGCAGUAUGCCGAGUUCUUCCACCCCAAGCUCAAGGAGCGAGGCUACGACGGCGCGCACUACCCACGCUCACGUGCGCGCACCAUGUCACCCGACGACGCCAAGCUCAUUGACGGUUGUGCAACGUUCUGGAAGCGGGAAAAGUUCCAGCUUAUCGAGACCCAAGUCAUCGAGUUCAACCAGAUGGCGCUGCACAAUGCCGACAUGCGCACCGAGGACAUGUUCAACCGCGUCAUGUCGCGAGACAACAUUGCCACGGCGGCGCUGCUCGAGUUUGUCAAGACGGGCGCACGCCUGGUGGUGGCCAACGCGCACAUUUUCUGGGACCACAGAUUCCGCGACGUCAAGCUUGUCCAGAUCGGCAUGAUGAUGGAGCGCCUCGGCGAGAUUGUAGAGUCGUUCGGCACGUUCCCCGCCAAGCCGACGGUGGACGGUGCACCUCCCGUGCCAAAGUACGACAAGCAGGCACGUGGGCGCGACAUACCGCUCGUGCUGUGUGUCGACUUGAACUCGCUCGCCAACUCGGGCGUGUACGAGUACAUCUCCAAGGGUGAGGUGCCAGGCACGCACGAGGACUUUAUGGAACACAAGUAUGGCGCGUACACGGACAAGGGCCUGAAGCACGACCUGGCGCUGCAGUCGUCGUGCUCUAGCUUUGGCGAGAUGAAGAUGACCAACUACACGCCGACAUUCGACGAGGCCAUCGACUAUGUCACGAGCGUGCUCGGCGACGUCGACCGCAAGUACCUGAGCAAGGUGGUUGGCUUCCCGAACGCGUAUUUCCCGUCAGACCACAUCCCCGUCUUUGCCCAGUUCCGGACCAAGGGCGACAAGGACAAGAAGCCGAAGACGCCGUCGUACAUGCUCCAGUAG